AAGCGGCGCUCGGCUCAGGAUGACGUUUAUACUUAGAAUCAUUUAAAUCCUCUACAUCCGGAAAGUGUUUUGUUAUUAUUUGAAAUUCAGUGGCCUCAUAUAUUUUUUUGAACUGGUGUUUGUGUGUGGUUUUGAUAUUCAUUCGGUUUUUUUUCAUUUCGGAGAUAUAAAUACAGGCAAAAUGUACGGCUUGCUGUUGGAGAACAUGGCGGAGUACAUCCGUCAGACUUACGGAGAAGAAAGAUGGGAGGAUAUACGUCGCCAGGCUGGAGUGGAACAGCCAUCAUUCUCUGUGCACCAAGUCUAUCCUGAGAAUUUAAUUACAAGAUUGGCUAAAAAGGCCCAGGAGGUGUUAGGCAUAUCAGAAAGAGAAUUUAUGGAUCAAAUGGGCGUAUACUUUGUAGGUUUUGUCUCACAGUACGGCUACGACAGAGUUUUAUCAGUUUUAGGUCGACAUAUGCGGGAUUUUCUGAACGGUUUGGAUAAUUUACACGAAUACUUAAAAUUCAGUUAUCCAAGAAUGAGAGCCCCGAGUUUUAUUUGUGAAAAUGAAACAAGGCAGGGAUUGACACUACACUACCGAUCCAAACGGAGGGGGUUCGUUUAUUACGCCAUGGGACAAAUUAGAGAGGUAGCCCGUCACUUCUACCAUAAGGAGAUGCGUAUAGAGUUGUUACGCGAGGAACUCCUUUUUGACACAGUUCAUGUAACUUUCCAACUGACGUUCGACAAUCGUGCAUUCACCCUGGCCUCGCUGGCAAUGACAAGGGAAGAAAAACAUCUGCCUAUUAGCGCUUCGGUCCUCUUUGAGAUAUUCCCGUUUUGUAUUGUCUUUGGUUCAGACAUGGUAGUUCGCAGCAUCGGCAAUUCCCUGAUGGUGAUUUUACCAGACCUAGUGGGGAAGAAGAUCACCAACUGGUUUGAUCUCGUGCGACCGCUCAUAGCGUUUAAAUUUCAAACCAUCCUAAACAGGACGAAUAACAUCUUCGAACUGGUGACAGUGGAAGCUGUUAUGCAUGAGAAGGCGCCUGACAAACGUAACGAACUCAUCAGGCUGUCUGAUGAAUCUGAUACAACUACUGAAAAGAAUUUGCGGCUCAAAGGACAAAUGAUAUACAUGGACAAUUGGCGCAUGAUGAUGUACCUUGGCACGCCAGUGAUGCCUGACCUGGCAGCGCUUGUGUCAACAGGGCUAUACAUCAACGAUCUCUCGAUGCAUGACUUCAGCAGAGACCUUAUGUUAGCUGGCACACAACAAUCAGUCGAACUAAAGCUAGCCUUGGACCAGGAACAGCAAAAAAGUAAGAAGCUCGAGGAAUCCAUGAGGAAAUUGGAUGAAGAGAUGAAGAGAACGGAUGAGCUGUUGUAUCAGAUGAUACCGAAACAGGUCGCUGAUAGGUUGAGAAACGGAGAGAAUCCCAUUGACACUUGUGAGAUGUUCCAUAGUGUGUCCAUAUUAUUCUCCGAUGUUGUGACCUUCACGGAGAUCUGUUCCCGCAUCACUCCGAUGGAAGUUGUCUCGAUGCUUAAUGCUAUGUACUCCAUAUUCGAUACGCUCACAGAACGUAAUCGCGUUUAUAAGGUUGAAACAAUAGGUGACGCUUACAUGGUAGUGUCAGGGGCACCAGAAAAAGAGGACAAUCAUGCUGAGAAGGUCUGCGACAUGGCACUUGACAUGGUCGACGCGAUUACAGACCUUAAAGAUCCCAGCACAGGUUCCCAUUUAUCGAUUCGGGUGGGAGUACAUUCUGGUGCAGUGGUCGCAGGCAUCGUUGGUUUGAAGAUGCCUCGCUACUGUCUUUUCGGGGACUCAGUGAAUACAGCAUCUCGUAUGGAAUCGACGUCAGAGGCGAUGAGGAUCCACAUCUCACAGACAACGCAAGAGCUGCUGUCGCCAUCCUACAAGGUCACCGAACGAGGCGAAAUACAAGUGAAAGGAAAAGGUGCUAUGAAAACUUACUGGUUAGAGGGACGUGAAUCUAGGCCAUCGCUGACUAAACUAAUUUCAUCCCAAAUUCAACCAGUAUCAGAACUGGAAUGGGAAAGGGCAGCCGAUGUACGAGACAGCAUCGCCGAAUACUCAGCACAGCAACUGAAUAAUAAGGAAACAAAUAUCCAUCUUCCCAACGCAAUCAAUUUUGGGCCCAAUUCACUUAGCAACAACAACGCUGGUAAUCCAACAUUCCAACCAUCCACUCCGACUGUCAAGAGCCCUACAGCCCCUACUAUGAUGUCACCAGCUGAAGAGAGACGGAUGUAUUCUCCUGUCACUUUCCAGGAUGUCGCUAGACGGAGUAUCGCCAACUCACCGAACAGAACAGAAAAGGAUAAAGAAUCAAGAUCAACCACAGCGAGUGUGGGAGGUCAAUGGACUGAUGCGGAAUCUUUGGACCCACAACGCACCCUCGACAGUUUAAACUCUUCUUUCUGUUACAGUUCAACGUCCCCUUGUAGGGUCGGUACAGCACCAGCAACCAAAUGUGAUGACUUCUUUACAGAACCAAUGACACGCGAAUCUCCGGCACACUCUGCUCCAGUACUACCAGCAUUACCAGCACCAGCGCUCAUGAGAACCAGCCUCGACGAUAUUGAAACUGAUACAGAAUAUCAAGAUGCGCACACGGAUCACAUCUGCGCUUCAGAAAACACAGAACCUCCAAAACAAGGCAAGGUCAGCAGGUUCCGCGCUCGAAUAGUACCAGGGCAGCAUAAAAUAUGUGCGUUAAAAAAUUCAACCAAGGAUUCUGUCAAAGAAAAAGUCCAACCGCCGACUAACGUCCAGCCACACGGCCAUCAUCACACAAAAAAUGUAAACCAUCACCAAUGUUGCGGUGCGUUCGGAAAUCCGCAUGUCCGUCACAAAACCAGUUCCAGCUGUCAUUUGAUUUAGACAUUUGUUUUUUUUUUUUUAAUAAAGACAACAACGAUCUUAUCACUCGGCCUAAAAGGUUAUAAGUAUGGUAAGGAAUCACUAAAUAGUCAUAGUAUUUUUAUAUUAAGUGUAAUAAAUCGAUGUUUAAAUUUUUCACUUAUCGUUGUAGUUGUUUUAAACGUUUAGUAUUCAAUUAUAAGAAUUAUGUGGCUUCGUUUACCAAAGCAAAUCUUAAUAUAUUAAGGUAUUUUUUUUUAGUUACAGUCAAACACGAACUUAAAAUAUCUACUAGAUAUCAACAGGCAACCCAAAGCUAAUUCCAAAGAUUUAUUAUUCAAUUACAAUAUAAUAUCAAUGUAAGAAUAUCGUAAGACAAUAUAUUUUCUAUCACAGUAUUAUUUUUUAUAUUUACUUUUGUACCAAUAUUUGCAAUUUCACUUAGUCUGCAAAAUGUUGGCACUAUAAUUAAGGCCAUUUUCAGCCAGGAACUUUAAAAAAAAACUCAAGUCAGAAUCUUACGGGAAUUUUUUUUUUUAUAUUUUUAUUUAUAUUGUAACAGCAUUACCACAAGUAUUAUGUAUACCAAUAAAAUUUUCCGGCCUUUGUCUGUUACAGUGAUAGCCCAUAUUGUUUAAGGAAAUAUUAUUUAUUAAUUUACAUUUCAAAGUGAGCUUUACUAAUGACAAUAGAUAAAAGAAGUUAAAAUUUAUAUAGCACACGCUGUAUGACAGUGUUUUAGGAAAAUUUUGGAUGUCAUUAUAAAUUUUUUUAAUUAAUACUAUUAUUGUAAAUAAUCAUAAACAACGUAUGGAGAUUUUUAAGAUUUGAAAUUAAUAUAUUUAAUUGUCGUAAUAUAAAUAAUAUUAUUUUUUUAAGUUGUACUAGACAAUGGUUUCUAACGUUCACAAUAUCUUUAUAAAAGUUACCUCGACAAAAACGACUUUUAUCACUGAUUUUCGUAAAAAACAGAAAGAAGUUUGUAUAUGUAUUUCUUAUGACAAUUACGUAUUCAUAUCAAUGUACCUAGGUGGAGAACUUUUAGUUAAGCAACUUAAGGUGCGGUCGGACGUCGGAUGGGUGGACAAUAUAGAUAAUGGGUACCAGAAGCCCUAAGCAUCUGUACCCUUAUCUCAAGUUGCAUUUUAAAUAUUAACCGUUUCCUCUUUCAUGUCCGAGGAUUUAUGAAUGAAAUAUUCUCCGUAUUUGUUUUGAAUUGCAAACUUAUGAUAAGCGGGGAAUAUUUUACCACAACCUGCGCCACGCCGUACGAUAGUUUGGUCUUUGGUAACAUUUGUUAACGUCAAUUAGCAAUCUAGUCCUUUUUGAGAUUAUCUAAAUGUUGUAUUUAAUUUUUUUACAUGUUUACAUUUGAUAUUUUAAAUCGUUUAUUAAAUUUUAUAGAUAUUUUGUUGCUUAAAUAAUAAACUUGGAGCGGCUCGGAAACGAGUAUUUUUUUUAUUGAGUGCAAAUCAAUAGAACGCUAAGGAUUUAAAUGUUGAUGUUAUGUACAGGAAAAUAUUGAAAUAUAAAAUCUUGUCUAUGGUAAAGAAUAAUGUUUUAAAAUACAUGUCAAAGUUUGUAAAUAGGAUAUGUUUAAAUUAUAUAAAAAAUAUUAUACAAGUCGGCUUAUGUAACUAUGUAUUUUUUUCGGUCGUGCGUUCUCACU